AUGCGAUUUCUCGACGACCGCGAGUUCCCGACGACGCAAGACGCGUUAUUGUUUUACGCCGCGUUCGUCCUGGCUUGGGCUGUCUUUUUACCGCCGGUGUUUUGGGUAUGCGUCGAGCUCGCUCGAGCCUUGUGCCUCUGCUGCAAGUACAUCGCGUUCGCGUUCGCGGCGAUGUUUCCAGCGUGGUGCGUCAUGGCGUACGUGAACGCGAAAAAAAUGCGCGAGUCGGUUCCGCUUGGUGUGCGUCGAAAGACUGUCGGCGAAGCGGAUCCGCUCCAGGGGCGAUCGAACGGUGCGAAAAGGCUAUGCAUCGUCGGCGCCGGCGCCGCCGGCUUGUGCGCGACGAGAGCAGCGUUACGCCGCGGGUUCAAGGUGUGCACUUACGAGAAAAGCGACUCGCCGGGAGGCGUCUGGGCUUACGGGCGGCGAUCAGGCAAAGUUUUCAACUCUGUUUUACAAAACGUGACGAAGAUGGCGAAUUGUUUCGCGGACUAUCCCGCGCCCCGAUCUUUUCCGGCCUACGUUGGAUGGCGGAAAACGAUGGAGUACCUCUGCGGCUACGCUGCGGCUUUUCAGUUAACUUCAGUGAUUGAACUGAACGCGGAGGUGAUCAGUGUCGAAAAAUGCGCGAACGGCGAGUUCGAAGUGACGAUCGCGAGCGGGACGCCGCGGAAAGACUCGAACCUCUCGCAUCGCGUGGAGAGGUUCGACUUCGUGUGGGUCGCGUCCGGGCAAUUGACCAAACCCGAGACUCCGGUGGUGCGCGGGUUGGAUUCUUUCACGGGCGACGUGAUGCACUCGAGUGAAUACACCGAGCCGACGUCGUUUCUCAAUCGUCACGUGCUCGUCGUCGGGCUCGGUGCCGCGAGCGGAUCGGACAUCGCGCAGGAUCUUUCGACGACGGCUGCGUCGGUGACCCUGAGCAUUCGCACCGAGCGAUACGUCAUGAGUCGUGGGUUGAAGCAUGGCAUAGCCACGUUUUUGAAUUGGAUAUCGCUAUUCACGCCCGCUUGGCUCGGCGUCGUUGGAUACACGUAUUUCGAUUGGUGGCCGUGUGUUCACAGGAUCUCCCCGGGCGUGACUGAUUCGGGCGAUUUGCUCAAAGAGUUUGCGCUACAACGCAUCAAGCGGGCCACACUCGUCGAUCGAAUUCAAGGACGCGAAGUAUUCUUCGUCGACGGCACGAGUGGAAAGUUUGAUGCGAUCAUUUUCGCCACUGGGUACCGGCGCGAGUUCAACUUUAUGGCGGAAAAUCUCCGACCGACGAGCGGAUUGUUCGAGCACUGCGUGCUGCCUACAGAGCCGCGCGUCGGGUACAUUCUAUUCGUUCUACCCUUCGGCACGCACUGGCAAGUCGCCGAGUUGCAAGCGAAUUACCUCGCCCGCGUGCACGAUGGGACGAUUCCACUGCCUUCGAUUGAAACAAUGUCCGUGCUCGCCGAACGAUUCCAGACGAGCUCGCACCACGAACACUUCGCCGAGUACUUCAGAAUGAAGUACCUGUUUCUACUCGCGCCGUACAUCUUCCCAAAGCUUGAGACGCUUUUACGACAACCGCGGCUUUUGAUGCGAAUCUUGUGGUCGCCGUACGUCGCACCGCCGUGCGAGUGGGCGAGCGAAUCGUGGCGAGAUCGUACGGCGUACGGCGACGCCCGCGGGCACAUGAGCGUCAAAUGGAACAAGUUUCGCUGGAAUAGAUGGUGAUUUGUGAUCACAAUGCGCGCUACGGCAUAUCACUC